UUCCGAGUUCCGUCGCUUGUUCCAUUUUACCUUUGUCUGGCUCGGCGGGUAAAUUGGGUAAUACAACUGUUAGUUGUCAGUUGUCACACUGGCGAGCUAGGCCUUAAUGGAGUCGCCGGAACCCCCAGAAUGUCCGGUGUGCCUCCAGCCCUACGACGGCGACGAUAUCAUUCCCCGUGUGCUACCGUGUGGUCAUACAGUGUGCGAGACAUGUCUCAAUAGCUUACCUGAGAGGUACAACCUCACCGUUCGUUGCCCCGCCUGUACUCAAUUAGUCAAAUUCCCGUCACCACAAGGUCCCUCUUCCCUCCCCAAGAACAUUGAUCUCCUCCGAUUGAUCCCUACCACGAAUUCCCAUCAAGAUCGCUCGAAAUUCAAAGCCUCGGAGCUCCAGAAUGAUGCCAAAGUCGACGACUUUUUGCCUCGUUUGUGGUCUCACGAGUUUUAUUCGGAAUGGAGGAAGUGGGUUCUUCCCGACAACGCGGUUUCAGUCGAGGAUAAAGGGUUACUAGAUGGGUUUUUAAAGGAGCAUAUCAAGGUAAGGCUUUUCAAGGUUGCCGGUGAUUCAUCGGAUGGCGACGGGAAAGACUGUAUGUUUAAGUUAAGCUACAUAGCUAAGAUCAUGAAUUGCCUGUUUGAGAUGAAUGAGCUGAAGAGACGAGAAUUGGGUUUGAUCUUGAAGAUUGGUUCAGAACGGAGCAGGAUUUGUAGAGUUCGUGGAUUGUGGGGUGAUCUAGAUGAUGGAUGUUUGUAUUGUGUUUGUGAAAGGCUGAAUGAGAGCUCUUGGUCUGAAUUGUGGUGUUUGGAUGAUGGCGUUAGCAUAGAUGGGGUUUCUAGUUUUGUUAUGGUUGGUAUGGAAAUGUGUGAGGCAGUGAUGAGUUUGCAUUUAGAAGGUGUAAUUGCAGGUGGUUUAGGACUUCCUUGCUUUACAUUGGAUGAUUUUGGACAUGUAAGUUUAUGUUCGAAUCAGGUUUUAGCAUUGGGUCAAACUACUUGGAAAGAAGUUUCAGAAUUCGUUCGUGGAGGUAAAAGUGUUGGUAAUAGAGAAUUGGGAACCUUGGUUGCUGAAUGUCUGAGAAGAGGAGAGUAUUUGAGCCCAGAGGCAUUGGGGAGCAUACUUCUUGAAGGUUAUGUUCCUUCUGUGGCAUAUAGGUCAGAUGUUUGGUCAUUGGCUUUUACUUUUGCUAGACUACUUGUUGGGGAACAGUUCACUAAAGACAUGCUUGCAUGGGUGGAUGACUUCAUUUCAGAAACAAGUGAGAAGGUCACUUUAGAUUGUGCGGGUCUUUACAUGGGUUUGAUGGAGAAAACAAGUCAUUCACUUGAAAGUAAAUAUGGUGAGAAGCUCCAGCCGUUGCAACAACUUUUAUGCAGAUGUUUGAACUUUGACAUAGAGAAUCGCCCAGAUGUGAUUGAGAUGUGGAAGUGCAUUCGGGAGGUAAUUAUUAGAGGUGAGUUUGAUACCAGUCCCAGGUUGAUUAAUAAGGUUACUGUUGGUGAGGGAGCCACAGGUCAUUGCCUGGUUACUGGAGAAUUGUGUCAGGUGGCCAAGGUAAAAUCUGAGAUGAAUAGAAAUAACAAAAUACUAGAGGAAGGUGAUACAGAGGGGGUCGAAAAUGCUGAUGAAUUUCAGGAGACUGGCAUAGAUUUUGUUGAGGGCUUGGUGGAGGGUAAAGUCAAGUCGAAAAAUUUGCAAGGGCAUUUUGAUUGCAUCACUGGAUUAGCUAUCGGAGGGGGGUUUCUUUUUAGCUCAUCGUUUGACAAAACAGUUUGUGUGUGGUCUUUACAGGACUUCUCUCAUGUUCACACUCUCAAAGGCCACGAGCACAAAGUUAUGGCUGUAAUCUACUCAGAAGAAGGGCAAAAACCAUUAUGCAUAAGUGGUGAUAGUGGAGGUGGCAUAUUUCUCUGGACCAUUCAUGACCCUCUGGACCAGACAUCAUUGAGAAAAUGGUAUGAGGAGAAAGACUGGCGAUAUAGCGGCAUUCAUGCUUUAACCACUGCAGGCAAUGGAUAUCUUUACUCUGGAAGUGGAGAUAGGUCAAUCAAGGCAUGGGUGUUGCAGGAUGGUACUCUAUCCUGCACUAUGGAGGGUCAUAAAUCUGUGGUUUCAACAUUGGCAGCACGUAAUGGAGUUCUCUACAGUGGUAGCUGGGAUGGGACUGUAAGAUUGUGGAGUUUAAGUGAUCAUAGUCUUUUGACAGUGUUAGGAGAAAAAGACAUGCCGGGAACCUUGAGCUCUGUCUUGUCUGUCACUGCUGAUCGGAACCUUGUCAUAUCAACUCACGAAAAUGGGCAUCUAAAGGUAGUACUGCAUGCUCUCAAGCUCUACAAAAAUGUAUGGAGGAACGAUCAGUUCAUGAAAUCAGCGCAAAUUCACAGUGGUGCCAUUUUCUCUAGCAGCAUGGGGGGUGGAUGGCUAUUUACAGGUGGUUGGGACAAGACAGUUAAUGUUCAGGAAUUAUCAGGGGAUGAACUCCAAGUAGACAUCAAAUCCAUCGGAACGAUCCCAAGCACUUCGGUCAUAACUGCUCUGUUGUACUGGCAAGGGAAGCUUUAUGUUGGCUAUGGUGAUCGAACAAUCAAGGUGUUUUGCUAUGCAAACUGAUGAAGUAGUAUCUCUUGUGGGGGGGGAAAGUGCUGGAGAAAGGCAGUAUAUAAAUACACUUAAACACUAAAAUAUGGGAAUGUAAAUAGAAAGUUAUCCUUGAGACAGGAUCACAUACAUGUCAUGGCCUCUGAUGAAAGAGGGGAUCAGUAAUAUGUGUGUUUCUCAAACAUCACGGCCUGGCUAAAUAGAUCGCCAUUAAAGGUCCCCUGAAGUAGGGAAUGCUUAUUAUGGAUGCAUACAUUAUAUCAUGGUUGCUAGAUAUAGCUGAUUGCUUACAAAUGCACAUAGUACAAACUGAGGAACUUCAGGAAAUAGAAUCCAUUCCUAAAACUUUAUGCGAUUCUCAGGUAGGUCUGUACCGACAACAAAAAAAGUGCUUGAAAUGGGAUCAGGAGAGGCCAAAAUAUUGGGGGACUUGGAAUAAAAUCUAUGAGAUUAGUGGA